CGAUAACCUCAGUGUUAUUCCUUUUCCUUUACCACGCGUGAAUCCCACUUUGACUUUAGUCUUUGUAAACAAUGCAGAGAUUUCCUAAUAAUCCAUUUCAGGGCCCAAACUACAGACCCAGACAUCCUGGAAACGAUGGGAUGUUCAUGCACAGAGCUGGAGGAUACCAAGAUUUUCGUCACUUUCCCGAUUUUCAUCAUGAGGGAGCAAGAUUUCAUGGGCCGCGUGGGCGCGGAAACUUCCAUCGGGGACCGAGACCACCCUAUCGGGGUGGGAUGGGGGGCAGGCAAGAUGGGUUCCCGAUGGCAGCUCAUGGACACGGACCACCGCGAUUCAGUGGUGGAGGAUCUGGAAAUCCGGAUGCAUUUGAAGGGCAGUUCUCACCACCUAGGUUUCACCAGCCCACAAACCACCAGAAUGAUUAUAAUAACUUUAAUGACAGAAAUAGGACUGGCAAUCCCAAUAAUGCAAAAUCAAAACGAGGCCGUGGGCGUGGACGUGGUGGGGGUCGAGGAGCUCGCAGUGGAGCUGGGGGAAGAGAACAGCAGCAAAACAACCGUAAAACAAAAAACAAGAAGUCUAAACCCCCAAAAGAAAUAAACUACUCCCAUUACUGUGAUGUUUGUGACCGUGGUUUUCAGUCGGACGAGCAAUUGAAGGUUCAUAUAGCUGAACAUGUCAAGUGCAAGGAGAAGGAUUGCCGAUUUGUCGGACACCCCAAGGUGGUCAAGAUGCAUCACAAACUGCAGCACGGUCCUGGGUGUAAGAAGAUCAGAUGGCUUGACACUGCAGAAGAGAUUGAGAAAUGGAGGAAUGAGAGAAAAAGGAAUUUUCCAACCGCCGAGAACAUCGCAAAGAAACAAUCGAAGAUUGAGCAGAGGACGGAGCAGGGUAAUGUACUGGAAACAAAGAAGUUUGGGAAAUUAAAGAGAACACAUAGAGGGCAGAGAGGUCAGAAAAGCCGUGAACGUCAUCGGCUGAAGCUUGCUGAGAAGCUCCGAACUCUUGGAAUCACCUUAGGAGAUCCUAAGCCAAACGACUCCGACGAAACCCCACCAAAGCGAGUAAAAACUGGAGACGGACAAGAAGACAAACCCUCAUCUGCAGUUGAAGAACAGGAGACAAAACCAGCUGAACCAUCUGACCCGUCAUCACAAUCAUCUAGCCUCUCUGGAACUAAGCAACCGGGGCCAGAGAAGGAUGUAGACUGUGACCCGUUAUCUCUUCUUGCUUCUAAAGACAAUGGUAAAUGAAAAAGUCGAUCAUUU